AUGCAAUGCAAGUGCGCGGAAGGAGAGUGUUUUCUAAAAAAACAAAAUCCUCCUUAUUAUAUAUCCCCACCCCCGCGCUGGCCCGCCCCCAAACCCCCAAACCCGCCGCCGCCCGUGCCCCACCCCCGCGCUAGGACCCCGUGCGCCGCCGCCCGCGCCCGCGCCCACCCCCGCCCCUGGACGCCGUCUGCCGCCGCCCGCGCCCACCCCCGCCCCUGGACGCCGUCCGCCGCCGCCCGCGCCCCACCCCCGCCCCUGGACCCCGUGCGCCGCGGCCCGCUCCCACCCCCGCCGCUGGACGCCGUCUGCCGCCGCCGGCCGACACCGCCCCUGGCCCGCCCCUCCCCUGCACACGCGCCCGCCGCACGCGCGCCCGCCGCGCACACGCCACCCGCCUCUCACCUGCACGCGCGCCCGCCGCGCACACGGCACCCGCUCGCCGCGCGAGCCUCCUCCUGCUUCGACGAGCUGCGUGGAUCGACGAGCACUCGUGCAGGGAUCCGGCUUUGGGCCCCGUGGAUCGACGAGCCGCUGCCUCCUCCUCCCGGAUCCGCUGGCUCCGGUUUGCUCCUCGGCUCUAGAUCUGGAAGAGCAGGACCUGUCGGAGGGGACUCGGAGCACCUUGGCACAGCACCACCUCGCCACUGCACCGUCUCGCCACUGCGCCAUGACUGUAAGAACUCAAAAAGAAAACUGCCCAGAGAGAUGUGGAAAGAUAUUCACAAGAAUGGAUUCAUGCCAAACUAUACCCGCUGGACCUUGCAUGGUGAGCGUGAUCGUAUGACAGCGAAGGAUGUGAGAGCACGCCUCGAGUAUUUUGAUGAAGAUGCCGGGGUGGCCGACAUGAUGGUAGACAUCAACGUGGCAUGUGACAAUGAAGGAUCGGUGGAGGAGGAUCCAGAGGAAACUGCAAAGGCGUUCUACUUGAUGAUGGAUUCGGCACAAAAGCCCCUUCACGAGAAUACAACAAUGUCGCAACUCGAUGGCAUUGGACGCCUUUUAGCGUUGAAGUCAUAG